GUCUCAGUGUUACUUCUACACAGAGGGGAGAGAUCCUAAACCCUCACCCUGUACGAGGUCACUCAUGGGGACUGAGCUGCUCUCGUCGGCAGGUCAAAGUUCAUCUGCUGAGAUCAAACUGAGAUGUUUUUACACWGUAGAAACUYACUWUCCAUCGAUGCACAGUGGUUCUGUCUCUCUAUCUAUUCUUGAUCCAAAACCAGACAUUACAGUCAAUUUUGAUGGGUACUUCACCGUCAUCUGUUUGAUUCCUGGAUCCGUCAGUCCUGACACCACCUGUAACCUGUAUGUUGGAGAGGAGAGUCAGCCAUCUUUCACAGCAAAGAUCAAGAGGAGAAAAGCCACCUCAGCAUCCGGACMGCAGUUCUGUCAAUUCWYUCCAAACAAUAGUGAUCUGAUCAGUCGUCUUCAGUCAGUGAGGCGUAAGGAGGUGAGCUGUGACUACAGAGUGAGCUCAGGACCAAACUCUCUCUCUCCACGCAGUGAUGGGAAAAGCUUUGCACAUCUGGUGGGAGUUCACAUCAGCGAUCCAACAACUAUACAGACACCUUAUAUAGCAGUGGGUUUGACUCCAGGUCCUAGAUCUACUUUACCGCCCAGCACGACACUGAGUUCAACAGAAGUUUCGACUGUUACUUCUACUUUGACCCCAGACACCMCAGUGAGAUCAACUACCAGGUUGAUCUCUCCUUUGACCCCCAGCACGGCAGUGAAUCCUACAUCAGGAGGUCAAAGCUCCACAGAAAGCGUUCUGGGUAAGCAUCCAUCUCUAGCUGACUACCUGUCUUUUCUCCAGACACCACAAUUAGACAUUAACAGGAAGGAAGUGAAGUUUGACCUCUCCUUUGCCCCCAGCACAGCAGUGAAUCCUACAUCAGGUGUGUUGGUCAUCUUUAGUUCGUACAACUGA